AUGCGAAAUAACCCCGUUCCUGAAGCCUGGAAGCGCUCAUUGUGGCAGAAAUGCACCGGUGUUGGUUUGCAAACUGCUGUAAAUGAUAAAGAAGAAGAGUGGCAACGCAACGUGUGUUUCCCAAACAAGCAGGAGACCCUGCAGAAUACACAUCUGAGAGACAUUCCUGUAGAGACGGAGUUUGUUGAGAAGCUGAGAGAGCUGAAAGAACAGAAACCCUCGCAAGAAGCCGGUAAUGCGUUCGUCUGCCCCGAGUGCGGGAAGAGUUUCACACAUAAAGGACACUUCAAUGAACACGUGAAGAUCCACUCUGGAGUCGAGUCCUUCAGCUGCCCUCACUGUCAGAAGAGCUUCACCUGUAGAGGACACCUGAAACGCCACAUUCACAUCCACACCGGCGAGCGUCCGUACGCUUGCGAUCAGUGCGGGAAGAGCUUCAAGUGCACCACCAACCUCAAAGACCACCAGCGCUCUCGCACUCGGGAGAACGAGCCUUCAGAUGCCAGCAGUGAGGGAAGAGCUUCAUUCUGGCGUCCAACCUGA